UGGAUUGCAGUGUUCAAUCUGACCUCCUCGGAAAAUCUAAAACAUUUUAAUAACUCCCGUGUGCAAUCUACCUUUUGAGUUUUGGUUUCAAAGGACGAACUAUUCCGUCGCGCCGGAACGAAAUUUUCGUGCGUGGUGCGCCAACACGGACUUUUCCAGAAAGAUCACAACACCACUUGAGAGACAGAGCAAAGAUCAGAAGAAAGUACGCGGUACGGCGAAGGCAUGAAACUACCCAACAUUCUCGUGACAGGAACCCCCGGCGCUGGCAAGACGCAUCUGUGCAAGCGACUGGCCGAGCAGCUCGGGUUCAAAUGGCAAAACGUGUCGGACGUUGCCAACCAGAAUGGAUUCGUCGAGGAAUACGACGAGGAGUUUGAGUGUCCGGUGCUGGAUGAGGAUAGACUGCUGGACCACCUGGAACCGAUCAUGCAGGAGGGCGGCAACGUAGUGGAAUACCACAGCUCGGAGUUCUUCCCGGAACGAUGGUUCCACGCGGUCUACGUGGUCCGGUGUUCCACUUCGUUGCUGUUCGAGCGGCUACAGGCCCGGGGCUACAACGACCGGAAAGUCAAAUCGAACAUGGAGUGCGAGAUUUUCCAAAUUCCGCUGGAUGAAGCCAAAGACUCCUACCGCAGCGAGAUCAUCGUCGAGCUGCAGAGCGACACCGACGCCGAUCUGGACGCCAAUGUAAAGCAAAUAUGCGACUGGUUGGAGAACUGGCGAAGUGCCAACAAAAACAAGAAGCAGUAAAUAAGCAAACUUCUACAAGCAUAAGGAAUCUACCUACCACCGUUUCGCAUCCCAAAAACGAACGAAAAAUGCCGUGUUUUUUUUCUUAGUAGGAAUUUUGUGUUCAGAAUAUUUUUGAACAUUGAGACCACCCCUCCCCACAUUAUGUUGCUUUGAGACAAAAGUACCCAACUAUUUAUGAACGUUGUUUGGCCUAUCAAAAUUGUUGUGUAAUGAAUUUUUUAAGAAAAACAAAAAUGGAAAAUUAAUAAAUUAUUAAGAUACAAUCUACACUGAAA